AUGACUGCAUCAGACUUCACUGUCUCUAUAUGUGAUGUGACUUCCACGAGCAUUAGUCUGAGGUGGGCCAAGAUUGCUGGUGCUGUGUCUUACAAGGUCACAGUCACUCCUGUCAACAUGUUAGGCCCUUCAAUAUUUGCCCUUUUCAAUGAUGUCACACUUCUAGGCACAAUUGCCUCCCUCAGACCCAACACCGUCCAUACCAUUAAAGUGGAUGCUCUUGAUAAGAAUGGGAUGGUGCUGGCUGAGGCACUGAAAAUGCAAUUAACAGCUCCAGAAAUACCCAUUAUUGAUCAGGCUUAUUCCAAACUUAGCAACAGCAUCACUGUGGAAUGGGCACCUGUGCCAGGGGCUACCAGUUAUCUCCUCACAGCCCAAGAUGGAGAGUCCUUCAUCGAAACAACAGUCACCAAUUCACCAGGCACAGUGUCAGGCCUGAAGGCAGCUACCAUGUACAAAAUCACCAUCAGAUCAGUCAAUGCUGGAGGAAGAAGCCAGGCAUCACCUCCCAAGAAGGCAAAGACAGUCUUGGCUGCCCCCGUCUUGGAUGUGAGUUCCCCCAGUUCUGACUCGAUCCUGGUACGGUGGGAAGCUGUGUCCAUGGCAGUCAGAUUCUCUGUGUCCAUCAUGCGUUCCAAUGGCUUGGGUAGGAUGUGGAAAGAGAAUACCACCAAUACCUCUUUGACCUUCACCAGUUUAGAUGCAGGAACGCUUUAUACCAUAAAGGCAUAUGCCUGGAAUGCUAAUGGGAUCCCUGGAGAUGAUUCUACUUAUAAUCAGAGAACAAGUCCUCAUGCCCCAGCAGACAUCCAAGUCUCUUUUGAUAGCGGGACGUGGAAGGCAACUGUUUCAUGGAUGCCAACGGAAGGAGCUUUCAGUUAUACUGUGACAGCCUCCAGUGAGGCUUCAAAGCUGAAUUGUAGUACAGCAUCUACUUCCUGCACUAUCUCUGCUCUCCAGUGCGGAACUGAGUAUGCCCUUUCCAUUUUAGCAAGUAAUGAUGCUGGGUCUAGUCACUCAACAGCAACAGUGAACUUAAAGACUGUUGCUUGUGCACCCAGAAGCAUCUCAAUCCAAGAAGACAAUCCUGGUCACCUGUCUGUCUCAUGGUCUGAUGUUGAAUUUGGAGAUUACUAUGUGGCUUUUGUGAAAAGCGAUGAUGGUUUGGAGGUGCAUUGUAACACAUCAUUGACCCGAUGCAGUUUCCCAUCUGAUUGUGGCUUCACAUACUUCAUUAGUGUCUUUGCCUACAAUGCGGCAGGGCAGAGCCCUUUGGGUGAUGUGUUCAACUACACAACAGCUCCUUGCUGUCCUAGUGACAUUAAACCAGUGUUUGUCUCCAGUGAUACCGCUGAGCUUGUCUGGUCUCCUGUCCGUGGUGCUGAAAUGUAUGAAACAAAAGCUGUUGAUGGGAACCAUGUGAUUGAGUGCAAUGACACUGCUAGUGCCUGCACCCUUUCUGCCCUGCAGUGUGACACUGUGUAUAAUGUCACUGUGUAUUCUUUCAGUGGAAUCAGGGGGAGCAAUAUAUCUUGUGCUCCCCAGUGUGUGACAACAGCUCCUUGCAGCCCAGAAAUAAAAAAUGUGUCCAAGGACACUUUCCCCAUCAUUAAUGUGCACUGGCAAGCCAAUAAUGAUAAAGCCACUUAUAUAGUAACUGCCAAAGGGGAGUCUGGGCUCUACCACUGCACAAGCUCUGGAGAGUUCUGCACGAUAGCUGACCUGCCCUGUGGAUCCUUUUUCUCCAUCAGUGCUGUGGCACAAACAGAAGCAGGACAGAGUUUGCCAAGCUACAGUGUGCCUUUAGAAACAGUACCUUGUUGCCCAGCAGACCUGAGAGUAAUUCAAGUCACCCAGUCUGUAACCAAUGUAAGCUGGACCGUUGGGACUGGGGCACAAACCUAUGUGACAAUUUUAGAGUCUCAUAAAGGACAGUCCAAGUGUCAUACUCUGCAAAAUCACUGUAUCCUGGGAUGCAUCAGAUGUGGCACCAAUUAUACGGUGGCUCUGAAAGCUAUUAGUGCUACAGGACUGGCUGCUUUUUGUACCUACCAAGAUUAUUCUUCCAGUGCCUGCUGCCCUUUGGGGGUGAAAUUAUAUCGAUUGGGCAAUAAUGGUCUUCAGAUCUGCUGGCAAGCCUCUGUGAGGUCUGCAAACUACAGGGCAGAACUUUAUGGAUCUAAAGGUGUUUUCACUUGUACCCCAACCUCUGCACUUAGUUACUGUGACAUCACUGAGAUACCCUGUGGGGAUGUGUAUACAGUCAUGGUGUCUCCAGUUGAUGAAAUGGGAUCAAAACUUACCUUCUGCCCCCAAAAAAUAUAUUCAGUAACCUGCUCUGGCAGUUCAGUAGGAAUGGUGAUUUUCAGAGGAAAGAGAAAUGCAGAAUAAUACCCCAAAUUCUGGAUGGAAACAGUGAUUCAGUAA